AUGAUCGCCAAGUGGCAAAUCUACCCGGCUGCCCAUCUUAAUCCAUGCACUACCCAGUUCGAUCCACAUGCUGACCAGAACAUGAACGACACGUGGCAAUCAUGUCCUGCCGCCCAAAUCAAAUUGAACACUGCCUACAGUAUGACGGACAUAUGGCAAAACUUGUUCUUCACUCCACCCAACCGCAAGCGAGUCGGCCUUGGUUCAAACGUUUCCCCAACGCUUGAUGGACACAUGGCAGCACCAUCCAAACGACAAAGCCACGGCCCGACGUCCAGUCCACGUACCUACCCGCGUCUAUCAAAACCUACUGCGAUACGACGAUCUAACCCGCGACACGACUGUCUUGACCUGCAACACGAACGGAUCGACCUACGACACGAGUGCUUCGGUCCGCGACACGGUAAUCUUUACCAUGACAUAACCGUCUCGAUCCAUGAUAUAUGUGCUUCGGUUUGCAACACAACAUUCCUUACUUUGACACGACCGUCUCGAUCCGUGACACGAGUGCUUUGGUCCGUGACACGGUAUUCCUUACCGUGA